GCGUUAGAGUUAGAGACCUGCAGGAGGAGACAGAGCUUAGGUGAGCAAGCAAGAGCGAGAGACAACAGAUCAUCAGAUCGGGACAUCCAUGGAGCUGGAGGCCGCUGCCGCGCCGGCGACGACGUGCAGCUGGAGGGACGGGCGGAAGCUGGUGAGGUGCCCGCGGCUGCAGCUGGACACCAAGACGGCCACGGCCAUCGAGCAGUCCACGGGGGCGAGCAUCGCCGACUCCGCGGCCGCCGCCGAGGGCGCGAUGCGCGUCAAGAUCGUGCUCAGCAAGCAGCAGCUCAAGCAGGUGGCGGCGGCCGUCGCCGGGGGCGGCAGCGCCGCCUUCGCCGCGCUGCCGCCGGCGCUGGAGCAGCUCGUGAGCUUGCUGAGGCGCCAGCACGCCAAGAAGCAGGCUGCGGCCGGGAGGCGCCGAGGCCGGUGGUCGCCGGCGCUGCAGAGCAUCCCGGAGGAAUGCUUUUAGCUAGGCCGCCUGCAUGCGUACGUACAGUAUGUCUAGUGCUCUGUACUCCAUCCACCGUCUGCUUGUAUAGCUAGGGCUGCCGCCAGAUUUCCGGCCUCUCUUUUCUUCCCGGGUCGCAACCUGCCGAUUGGUUGGGCCAAAAUGAGCGCCCAAUGGUUGCGUACCAAAUUUGAAAUGUCACAUAUUUUAAUCUGGCAUUUGCCAUUUGGAUCCAUCGAUCCAAAAAAAAAAAAACUUCUCUGUUUAUUUCCGAGAUGGUGUACAUAUCUUGAUCUGGCCAAUAAAAAGGCAAUGAUGAACUGGGGGGAAAAGGGACUUUCUUUGC